AUGAGGACUGUUUAUCUGGGAAUGCUGCUCUUAUUCCAAAGCGCUGUUUCCUCCUUAACGGAGUUCAGCGUUAAAGGAGAGAUCAGGAACUUUGCUGUUGGAAACGGGAAAGUGUUCGUCGUCACCGACUCUCAGCUCCUCCAGAUGAGGCUCGAUCUAGUAGAGGAAAAACACAAGGACAUAUCUGACCACACACAUCACCAAGUUAAUAUUUUACUGCCUUUCGACGCGAAUAAGACCCUGAUAACCUGCGGAACCUCUGACUGUGGAUACUGUGAACUCCUGGACAUCAACGACAUCAGCAGAAGUCUCUACAGGGAGGAUGUGUCGGUCGGACCAUCUGUUAAUAAAUCAUCUGUUUCUUUUAUUGUAGAUUUUGAUGAAGGUAAAGAAACUUAUAUGUUGGUUGCCAGAGAAAAGAUUUCUGAUCAUUGUAUCUCCGAUGAUGAAGGAGUGUCUCUGCGGAACACUCUGGACUCUCAGUCAGGAGGAAUUUUCUCUAAAGUAGCCUCUUCAAACGAAGCCAGCAUUUCUCCACAGAGUGAUGCUGAGUGGAUUGACGGCUUCCAAUCAUCUCCUCCCUCUCACUCGUACCUGCUGGUGAACGUUAAGUCUGGAACAGGUCCAGCUGUGGUGGUCUUAAGGAUGAAGAACAGCCGCAGUAAAACAGAAAUGACCAGAUCUCUACAAGGUGCAGUGCUACAGUGCUGUGAUGAUAAAGACCGUAAAAAGCUCUUAUCCUCCUCUGCAGUUCUCUCCUCUGGAUCUCCUCUUCUCUGGGCGGGAAUAUUCACUGCGCAAGAAGCGCACGACCCCCAGAACACUGCUUUGGCCAUUUACGACCUCAGUCAGCUCAGAGACCGAGUACCUUCAUAUUUCAGCUGUAGACCACAUUGCACAGCUCAGAAAGGAGGUGAUGCUCUGAGUCCUCGUGCUGUGGUGCUCAAACACAGUUCAAUGUCAUCUGUAGCAGCAGAAAAGAGAGGAUCCUGGACUGAGCUCUACAUCGGAACUGCAAAUGGACAACUGAUGAAGAUUGUGCUGGACAAGGCUUUUAAUUCUGGCUGUGUGACGUUGCUGUACAGCUCUGAUGAUGGCAGGAUGGUGUUUCCCAGAAUGCACUUUGACCCAGUGGAUCAUACAUACAUCUACAUAGCUUUGAGAAAUCAGAUCAGGCGGGUAGCAGUGUCUCAGUGUAGUAUAUACAGCACUUUGACAGACUGCAGAGCUUCUCAGGACCCUUCCUGUGGCUGGUGUGUAACCACAAACAAGUGCUCCACCAAGGAUGAAUGUUCCAACUCCAUUUGGAUCCCCAUUCCUGAAGACUUUUUUCAGAAGGAGCUGAUCACAUUUCAGGUGGCCAAAGUCUCUGGAAAGCUCAGUCUGAGUCUCUACCUGACAGCACAGGGCACAGUAGGUCCUCCAUUAAAAUGCAGCAUUAAGGCAGGGAAUGUGGAUCUGUGUGACAACCUGACCUUAGUUUCACCAAACAGCUGCUCCUGCAGUUUCUCCAGCCAACAUCUGCCUCCUGAAGGACUCAGAGUCACAGCAACUGUCACUAUUGGAGAUCAGAAAAUCACAGAGAACCUGAAAGUGAGGAGCUGCCCAAACAUCACAGAGACAUCACCAUAUGCUGCAUGUGCAGCGUGUGUGUCAGUUGGGUGUCACUGGUCUCCUGUUAGUCAGAAUUGCAGCUGGACUCAGGGUUCCGCACUACAGGUACACAUACAGGAUGCAUGUAAAGAAUUCUUUUCUGAGAAGUACACACCAGAGAUCCUUUCCAUGUUGCCUAACCAAGUCUCACUUUAUGGCAAAAACAAUGCCAUAAUAAAGGGGAAAAAUCUGGAUACGGUUGUGAAAAUUCGCUUACAGGGGUCUAAGGAGUGCGAGUUAAAAGAGACUCCAGUGUUGGAGCGCUCCACUGACACUCUGAAGUUCAGUAUUCCGAGCGGAAAUAAAGGAACUGUGAGGGUGUGUGUGGUGACAGAAGACGGCCGUUGUCAUAGUAACGCCACCAUCACUUAUGGCUCCCAGCCCACCUGUACUGGACUGCAGCCUAGAAACACCUGGGCCAGUGGGGGGAGGAAGAUCGAAGUGCUGGGCAGCAGUCUGGAGUACGUGGAGAAAGUCAUAGUAAACGAUAAAGAAAUGAGCAUCAAGUCAAGCACUGUGGGUGUCUGGUUUCAUUCUUCUCCUCUCCUCUGCUCUGGGCCAUUCAGUGUCUCUCUCAGAGUGGGGAACUCAACAGUGGACUGUGUAGAUAAACUCUUUUACCUCCCAAAUCCAGAAUUCAUCAGCUUCUCCACCUCUCAGGACGUCAGUUAUGUGUUAGUUUUCAUUAAUAAAAAGCAGGACAGGCUGAAUAUGCGUGUGGAGGAUGUAAAGGUGUGGGGUUUGCAGGAAGAGAAGCAGUUUGAGUGUGUGGUAGAGAAAGUCAUAUCUACUGCUAUUGUCUGUGACAUUCUGGAAACACAGGAAGUCAGAAUAAAUGUGACCUCACUCAGGAUCAGUGUUGGUGACUUUUCCACGAUUCUAAAAACUCAAGUGGGACACACAGACAGUUUGUUCUGUGUGUAAGAUUCACCCUGAAUUACUGUAUCCUGUAAAAAAGUGAUCCUGAUCAUUUCUCUCUUCUCUUUGGUCAAUAUGUUUUGUAAUUAUGUGUGUUUGUUAUCAGUGUUUACAUGUGCACAGUUCAGAUCCAACCUGCAUCUAACAUGCUGCUCCCCCUC